ACAUACUCGUCUUAAAACUCAGCCUUAGCCGUGCAACUUUAUUCCGGAAUCCGGAGAUAAAUAACAAUCGCCUGGUCCGUUGGUAAUUGCAACAGCCACAAAUCAGGCAGUAAAAUCGGAUUUGCAAUCUUGGGAAAGAAGAAACGGACGCCACAGCUUCCUCAGAUUGUUUUGUUGUUGCGAGUGUUCGUGUGUGUGUUGUUGUUGUGUUUUGUGUGUGGUUUUGUGCGGCAACAAAGUCAAAGUCGUCGAAGCUGCUGCGAAACGUGAAAUGCAAAUUGAGGCAAUAGCGAAAUAAAAAAAAAAAAACAUAACCGAAACAGAGACAAUAACAAGCAACGCAACACAACAAAACGGUUUCGCGUGUGUUGAAAAAUUGCAUUGCAAACUAGCAGAUAACAACAAUAAUAACAACGAAAACAAAAAUUGCGCGCCAAAAGCGAAAGAAACAAAAGGAUUAUAUAUAAACAAACCCAAAAGCAGAAGCAGCUGAGCGAGAGAGACGGCGAAAAAUCAAAACAUCUCGGCGAGAGGCUGAAAUUCCAGUUUAACUGCCAUCACACCAUCACCACCCCCCAUCUCACCCACCUCUAGUGAAACUCACCGCGCGCCUCCCCCCGAGAAGGACGACGGGGCACUUGAAGCAUUUCGUGAUACGGCAUUCAGGCACAGUCUGACCGAGGCUGAGAACGCGGCCGGAACGAUGAUGUCCAUGACCAACUCCCCGCCGGCCACGCCCACCGGCGUACAAACGGACUCCGAUGGCCUCAUACUCCCAAAGAAGCUAAUAAAUCCCUGCAUGGAGAGCACCGAUCGCAAGGAGCUGCAUCGAGAGCUCAAGUUUAAUGCCAGAAUUGGUAAAAGCGUGCUAAACCAGAAAUCGGAGCUGCAACGUGCCUACGACAAGCAAAAGGAGCGCCAUAUGGCCGCCGAACAUCAUUCGCCGGAGGCGGAAACCAUCGGAGGGAUACCAGGACUGAAGGGUGAACUGGGCCGGGUGAUCAUGGAGCGGGCACAGAAGCACGAGGCGGCGGCCCAGAAACAGGAUCAGGAGGAGGCCGAGGAGCGGCAGUACGUGAAUCCCGAAUAUCUGAAUGUUCGGGCCAAGCUGCGAACGGCGCAUGCUGCCAACAAUUAGAGAUGACCUCCUCCCCAACCGGAGGUGUGGGCCUCCUAAUCCUCAUCCUCAGCCUCGGCUUGUUUAAUGUUUAAUGUUUAAUUUUUAAAUAACAAUCGUAACCAAAUUGUGUGAGGAAAGAAUUAUGUUUAAUACGUUGACUUGAUAGCAGUUUUCAUUUUGAUAUUAUGCAAAACUAGUUGUUUGUAAUUAACUUUUAUGCCUAGACCUAAGUCAUUUACACUUUUAGUUUGUUAGUUUUAAUAUUGUGAGCUAUUUUCUUUGUCCUUUGUGUGUAUAAACCAUGUGUAUAAAAUUUGUUUUCUAUUCUCCAUUUCUUCCAAAAAAAAAAAUCACAAUUAUGAAAUGAGAAAAUUAUAAACACUUUGGGCCAACCGAGUGUCAAUAAUGUAUUUAGUGUAGUUAUGUGUAUCUAUAUCAAUUAAUUUAGUGAGAACGAUGAUAAUGCUGUAUGUAAACAGGGGUAUAAGAUAGAAAGUAAGACAGAGAUACAGACCGAACAUGGGAGAAUGAUAUUGGAUCUACAUAUAUAGAAACAAAAACUAUUUUAUGUCAAGCUAAGAAAUUUAAAACAGAUUACAGAACUAUAUACAACAUAUAUCUAUAUACAAAUUUUAGUUUCUGGAAUUAAUAAAACCUUUUAAUGUAGGAAAAAGUUAUCAAAGCCAA